AUGGAAAUGUGUUUGCUGAUCCUGAUUGAAAUUUGCGCAAAUUAUGCCGAUCAAGGAUCACCAAAAAAACCGGGCGUUCUCCGGCAAAACGACGAAAACUGCAUGCCACAUUUAUCACUUUGCCCAUCAUUUUAUGGAGCCGGAAAUGCUGAUAUUGUGGAUGGUUGCAACAAAAAAUGGGCGUACCUCCAUUCGUAGAAACGACGAAAAUCAAUUCAACAUGUGGAACUUGGGAUUUUGGAUUCGAAUUCAAUUUCUCAUUGUGAAGCAGUUGUUUUGGAUGGCAAUUUAUUGAUCAAUGAGUGUUUUAAUGGAAAGAAGCGGAUCAAAGCCCGAAAAUUGAUGUUCUAUUUAACUGGUCAUUAA